CAAAAGAGGAGUGACGAAAACAAGAUUUGUUCUAAAAUCCGUACCAAGAGGAAUUCUUCCGUAAUCAUGAUCCCCAUCUCUUCGCUGCAUUGGCCAUUUCCAUUUUAAACUCUGCUGUACCUGCAUUUGCUACAUCUUCAUCUCUCUACAGCUUUUGCCACUCGCGACACAUGGAAUCUGCAACUUCUCACCAAGCAACACUCAACCAUCACCGUAUUUUCUAUCCAGUGUCACUUUAGAAAUCAAAUCAAAUCAUAUUUCCAAAAAAAAAAAAACAUGGACGUCCUUCUCUCAGUGCCGAUAUUCUCAUAUCUCCUCGCACCAGCCCUCACCUCCUGGUCGACCUCGCUCAACCUCCUCUUCUUCUACAUGACCUGGUCGACCCUCGUCCUCUCUCAGCCCCCCAUCGUCGUCCACACAGUUGGCGUCCUCGCCAUCCGAAUAGUAUUCUUCCUAAUACCGUCUCUCGCCACCCUCUUCUUCGAUGUCUCCCUCCCCAGCCUCGCAGAAGGCAUCAAACACGGCGGUCGUUCCGCCCUUCCUCCCCGCGACGCCAAAUCACUCUCCAGACUCAUCGGCCUAGUCCUCUUAAACCUCGCCAUCCUCACUGCCGUCGAAGCCGGGAUAGGCUUCGCAUUCAUACUCUUCUUCAACCAUCCCGUCUUCAAAACAACCACGACCCUCCCCCUCCCAUGGCAAAUCUUCAAACAUGUCCUCGUCCUACUCUCUACCCGCGAAACCCUCCUCUACACCAUCCACCGCUUCGUCCUCCACGGGAAAUCAUACCGCUGGCUCUCCCAGCGCCACCAAAACUACGCUCACGCAAAGGCCGGCGCGCCAUUCAGCCUGCGUCUCCUCGCCGACCACCCCGCGCCAUUACUCUUCUACCGCUUCAUCCCGCUGUUUCUCCCGGCAAUCAUCCUGCGACCUCAUAUCCUCACCUACUUCUUCGUCCUCGCACUCUGCACUGGCGAAGAAACCCUCGCCAUGUCCGGAUACACGAUUGUCCCAGGAAUCAUCAUGGGCGGUAUCGUGCAGCGCACAGCCAUCCACUACGCAGGAAAGGGAACGUCGAAUUAUGGUUCGUGGGGAAUAUUGGACUGGAUCAAUGGGACGGGUCGAGGCAGGGAUGUGCUCGAAGAUGUGAAGAACGAAGCGGGAAAACACAACUUGCAGGAACGGUCUUCGAAAAAGCUCGACGAAGGGGCGGGAGCAGUACAAGAGGGGUUGGGAAGCUUUAGAGAAGGAAUGAAGACGCGAAGAAGCGGGAGGAAGAGGGCGGUAAAGGGAAAUUGAUCAAUUGAAUGGAUUCUUUUGUCUAAUGAUUAGCACUAUUGAUACCAUUAUGCUUUAUGAGAUUCCGUUUGUGACCAUAGUUGGCGUUGUCUAUCCAAGUAUUUGCAAGCAAAUGAAAAAAAAAGGGCUUUUCAUCUAGGUACGUCAAAAUCGAAAAGAAGUAAUUAAACGUGUAAUAGUAAAGCAUGACUAAAUCAACAUUACUAUAAUGAGCU